AUGGCUUCGAAUAACAGUAUCCCAAGCGGUGCACCUACAUCUGUUAGCUCGUGCACAAAACAGAGAUGGAUUGAUCUGGUAAAAAAGCAAGUAGAUGAUGGAAAGCUUAAGGGAACCACAUGUUCAGUCUAUUCAAUACCAGUGUCUAAUAGUGUUAGUGAAGAGACUCAAUGCGUAUGUGGUCGACGUGCAAGUCAGCAUAGUUAUACUGGUAAAGUUGAUCCAAAAUCCACUAAACCAAAAAAAUGGGUACCAAAACUUGCGAAAGAAGUACCAGUGAACGUAUACGGACAAUUGACUAACGGUGCUCGAUUCAUUCGAUGCAGUACUGAGAAUAAUGCACUUGAAACACUUAUAGCAAUGAUUAUUAACAAUGUAGGUAGUAAUCCUAAAUUGAUUGUCAGUUGCUAUGGUGGAGCUGAAUAUUUCACUAUGAAAGACAGUUUGGAAAGAGAAUUCAUGAAUGGUAUUGGUCACAUAGCAGCAACAGAAGAUGUAUGGGUGCUGACUACUGGUUUAAAUAGUGGUGUAUCGAAGCUUAUCGGUCAAGGAGUUCAUCGUAAAAAGCUACUAGGUGACAACAAGUGGGAUCCUGUUGUUAUCGGAAUGAGUAGGUGGGGUACCAUUGCAGAACAUACUCGAAAAACUCUUCAGAAGCAGCCAUGGCCUUAUCCUCGGUCUUUGAAGGAUCUUGAUCACAGUUAUACAAAGUUGAUUGGACCAUUUGCCGAAUCUUUUUAUCAUAAACAAAGUACACGCAAACGUCUUCAAGAAGAUAUUGCAUCAUUAUGCUCUUGUCGAAAAUGGACAAAAUUUUCCUCCAACAAAGUUGCUAACUCAUCAGAUACACCCAAUGAAAUGGCAGAAACAGCGCAACAUUCGGUACAGGUGCAAAUUGAAACACUUCAUCGCCCUGAUAAAAUUUUUGGACAACAAGAAAUGCUGCGUGAUCUUUUCUUAUGGAGUGUUUAUGCAGGAAAUGUGGAUAUAGCAUUGGUACUCUUACUUCAGCUCAAAUCCAGAAUUGGUGCAGCUUUGAUUGCAGCCGGAAUAGCCCAGCAUUUAUCUCUAGCUGGUAGUAAUUCACAAAUAAAAAACAAAUAUGGAGAACACCGCGUGAUCUAUGAGGAGUACGCUACGGCAUGUAUUGAUGCCUGUUAUAAACGAAAUGAACAGUUAGCUUGUCAAUUGCUGUUGCGCGAAAUACCUCUCUAUGGAAAUAUUACAUGUACACAAGUAGCCAUCACAUCACAAAUCAUUCCGACUGUUAACACGCAUUGCUUUAAUCAAAUUCUUAAUCGACAAUGGUACGGUUCUUUAGAUGGUACAUCACUCACAACAGUAUGGGCUACAUGCAAAUUUACUUUCCAUCUCAUUUUAUUUGGUUUCAUCGCGCCUAAAUUUCUUCGCUACCGCUCAGCUGAUUCAUCAAAGCAAACGGUAUGUCUUGGCAAUGAUGAAGAGGAUGUAGGAUACAAGCCGAAACACUAA